UAGGGUAAUUUAGACAAAAAAAAAGGAUUAGCUUUUAGUACAAAAAAAUUUGCCUCUCCGCCUCCGGUCUCAACGGUUAGGAUGCUGGAGCCUUUGGGAGUAUCGGACGGCCACCUCUGUUUGUAGCUGUGGACGUGGAGUUCGAAAAUCGUCGUCAGAAGUUGUUGAAAGUGCUGAAAACGCCCCAUAAAUAAACUAAACAAUGAGAAAGAAACCAAAAAAGAAAUUGGAUUUUACUCCAAAAAAUAUGAAAACGGUGGUUGUUGAGUUGGACUUGGCUUGGCUGGCUACACAAGACAGAAGAACACACACCUACCCUCCCUCGCCAGUCGCCUCCCAAAGCAUCAUUUCAUAUUUAUUUACGUUAAACAGAAAACAGAGCUCCCAAGGCAAGAGACAGCCAUUAAUAGAGGGCCAAGAAGUUUGAUCCCUCCACCCAGAUCAAAGGCCACCGCUCUGAACAACAAUGGCGUCAACUUCUUCUCUCUCCCUCUCUAACUCCCUUUUGGCCCGAUCCGCUUCCCACCAUGCCCCUGCUUCUCAUUCCUCAGAUCACCGCCCCGGUCUCUGCCUCUCCGCCGCUUCACCGCUCCCCACUUUCUCCGGCCUCAAAUCCGCUUCUUCUUCCCCCGUUCAGAUCCCCUUCGCCCCCCUUCGUCGCCGCCUCCUCCAGCGUCAAAUCCGCGCAGCUGCCAUUGAGACCCUCGCCCCCGCCGAGACUUCCUUGGUUGAUAACUCAGUUAACACCAUCAGGUUCCUUGCUGUCGAUGCCGUCGAGAACGCAAAUUCGGGCCACCCGGGUCUGCCCAUGGGUUGUGCUCCGAUGGGCCAUGUUCUCUACGACGAGUUCCUCAAGUUUAACCCUAAGAACCCUUACUGGUUCAAUCGCGACCGCUUCGUUUUGUCCGCUGGCCAUGGCUGCAUGUUGCAGUAUGCUCUGCUCCACCUCGCUGGCUAUGACAGCUGCAAGUUGGAGGACUUAAAGAGCUUCCGUCAAUGGGGAAGCAAAACUCCCGGUCACCCUGAGAACUUUGAGACUCCUGGUGUUGAAGUGACAACUGGUCCUCUUGGUCAAGGAAUUGCCAAUGCAGUGGGUUUGGCACUGGCGGAAAAGCACUUGGCUGCACGCUUCAACAAGCCAGAUUGUGAGAUCGUUGACCAUUACACAUACUGCAUAUUGGGAGAUGGUUGUCAAAUGGAAGGUGUUGCCCACGAAGCUUGUUCCCUCGCUGGUCACUGGGGACUUGGCAAACUAAUUGCUUUGUAUGAUGACAACCAUAUCUCUAUUGAUGGGGACACUGAAAUUGCGUUCACUGAGGAUGUUAGCAAGCGCUUUGAGGCCCUCGGAUGGCACGUGAUCUGGGUGAAGAACGGAAACAAUGGAUAUGAUGAGAUUCGUGCUGCUAUUAAGGAGGCCAAGUCUGUUAAAGACAAGCCAACUAUGAUAAAGAUUACUACAACCAUUGGGUAUGGGUCUCCAAAUAAGUCAAACUCAUAUGCUGUUCAUGGGAGUGCAUUAGGUGCCAAGGAAGUUGAUGCCACGAGGAAGUUCCUUGGAUGGCCACACGAGCCUUUCCAUGUCCCCGAUGAUGUUAAGAAGCACUGGAGUCGCCAUAUCCCGGAGGGAGCUUCCCUUGAAUCUGAGUGGAAUGAGAAAUUUGCAGCGUAUGAGCAGAAGUACAAGGAAGAGGCUGAUGUGCUGAAGUCUAUAAUCACUGGUGAACUACCUGCUGGUUGGGAGAAAGCACUUCCAACCUAUGCUCCAGAUAGCCCAGGUGAUGCCACUAGAGUUCUAUCUCAGCAAAACAUAAACAAUCUAGCAGAUGUCUUGCCUGCUUUUGUUGGUGGAAGUGCAGACCUCGCAUCUUCCAACUUGAGCUUGAUGAAGAAGUUUGGAAACUUCCAAAAAAACACACCUGAAGAACGCAACAUUCGGUUUGGUGUCCGUGAGCAUGGCAUGGGAGCCAUCUGCAACGGCAUCGCACGUCACUGCCCUGGGAUGAUUCCCUACUGUGCCACCUUCUUCGUCUUCACAGACUACAUGAGAGCAGCAAUAAGAAUCUCUGCCCUGAGUCAGUCUCGGGUCAUCUACGUCAUGACCCACGAUUCCAUUGGUCUUGGGGAAGACGGCCCAACCCAUCAGCCAAUAGAGCAUUUGGCGAGCUUCCGUGCCAUGCCUAAUGUCCUCAUGCUCCGUCCAGCUGAUGGCAAUGAAACUUCUGGCGCAUACAGGGUUGCUGUCCUCAACAAGAAGAGACCAUCUGUCCUUGCACUUUCAAGGCAGAAGGUUCCACUGAUUGCUGGAACUUCCAUCGAAGGUGUUGAGAAGGGAGGAUACAUAGUUUCCGACAACUCCUCUGAUAACAAGCCUGAUGUGAUUUUGAUGGGAACUGGUACGGAGCUGGAGCUGGCUGUUGAGGCUGCACAUGAGCUGAGGAAGGAAGGCAAAGCUGUGAGAGUUGUUUCGCUGGUUUCAUGGGAGCUUUUUGGGGAGCAAUCAGCUGAGUACAAGGAGAGUGUGCUGCCUGAAGAUGUGACAGCCAGAGUGAGCAUUGAAGCUGCUUCGACGUUUGGGUGGGAAAGGAUGGUUGGGAGCAAAGGAAAGGCUAUUGGGAUUGAUAGCUUCGGAGCAAGUGCCCCAGCACCUGUGUUGUACAAGGAACUUGGCAUAACGGCACAGGCUGUGAUUGCUGCUGCCAAAGAGCUUUGCUGAGCUGUGAGGGCUACGACUUGUCUGGCCUCUCGGUGGGUUAUUUCGCUUCUGGGUUAACACUUUUGGUUUGAAAUAAGACGAUGGGGGAGUCUCUGCGGGGAUUCCUGGGUUUUUCUUCUUCUGUGCUUCUGAUGAAGCAGUGGUAGGAAGUAAAGGAAAAGGGUAGAACGAGAGUUUUUCUUUUUAUUGACAUAUUCUUGAACUGAGGAAGAGUAUGGACUUCGAUUCUGUAAUGUGUCAUUAUUGUGUACGUUUGUUGCAAGGGAGAUUUGGAAUUAGCUUCAUUUGAUGUUAUUUAUUUCCAGUCCUUGCGUAGAAAGGACUGAAGACUAUCGGAAAAGGUACUAGAAAUGGUUGGCCCGAGUUGCUUCCGCUUUUUAGCGAGGGGGCGUAUGCGGGCGGGACCCUCCAAGUCCAAGCAUAUGCUAUCAGGCUACCACCCAUCUGCUUCACGUUUCAUAUGAUUGAUUAUAGGAUAGUUGGUCACUGUCAAAUCUUGGUGCAACAAACAUAAAGGACUACCACACGAAUGGGCUCUUUCUAUUCUGUUAGAGCUUUCCUUUCAAGAACGAAUGAUCAUACUUCGUUAAAAACAUUGUCCGAGUUGAAAAGAUAUACCGCUUAAUACAUUCAUCUCUAAUUUAUUUCUCUCUAUGAGAUGUUUAUCCCCAUGUAAUGAGGACGCAUAUUAGAUUAUCCACAUUAAUACAAUUGUACAUGUAAU